AUGAAGCGGCCCGAAUUGACUCCGGAACAGAAACGCCGGAUUGAAGAGAACAGAAAAAAAGCAUUGAAAAUCCGUGAGCGGCUUCAAAUGAACAAUAAGGAUGCCUCUAGCCAUAGUAUUCCAAUCACAGCCAUCAGAGCCACGCAAGAGAAUACCAACUCCCGUUCCCUGAUACCGACAACCUCUGGUCCUAUUAAUGUUCGUUUGGGAAGCAGUGCUACGCUUGUUGAACCAACUAAGAAGACAGACUCCCGGUACAACAGUAACAGACAAAUGGUGAAUAAGAAAGACUACAUUGAAUAUGAUUUUUCCACUUUGAAAGAUAGUCGGGGUGGAUUUAUCGGUAUUGAAGAUGGAGAACCCAAUAAGGGGAGUGAUGAACGAGUAACUGGAAGUAUAGGAGGAGGAAGCAAUGAAGGAAAUCAAACUUUAGAGGAAUGGAAGGAGAAAAAUCAGGCCAAUCAUAUAAUAAAAGACCUUCCACCGCCUAUAGAUGUUACCAAGGCCCCCAAAUGCUUUGAAUGUGGAUCCUUAGAAAUUGAUCCCGAUUUAUAUACAAAUUUCAAAGGAGUACGAGUGUGUCGUCGAUGUAAGAAGGAGAAACUGGAUAAAUAUGCCUUAUUAACCAAGACUGAAUGUCGAGAAGAUUAUUUACUUACUGAUCCUGAAUUAGAAGAUAGGGAAUUAUUAUCUCGGAUAGAGAAGCCCAAUCCUCAUGGUUUUUCACGAAUGAAACUUUAUCUUAGAUUUCAAGUUGAAGCAUAUGCAUGGAAAAAAUGGGGUUCACCAGAAAAGUUAGAUGAAGAAUGGGAGAAACGACAGGAGAAUAAGCUUAAACGUCGAGACAAACGUUAUCAAGAUCUGUUGAAAGAGAUGAGAAAGAAAACCAGAGCAGAAGAAUAUACAAGACGACUUCGUGAUGGAAAAUCUUUAGGUGAACGACAUGUACAUGAUUGGUCUGCACCCAUUAGUGUAGGGACUAAGAACAAUGAGGAGGAAGAAGGUCAUGGAAUGAAAAUAGUUAAACGAAGAUGUAUUGACUGCGGAGUUGAAACUGAAGAUAUAGUACUUUAG